CCUUCACUAUUACAAACACUCUAUAUAUACAUAUCCCACCUUAGCAUCCUCAUCAUAUACAACUUCACUUCAAUUCAUAUAUCACAAAACCAAAAGCCAUGGCAAAGUCGUCGUCUAGGGAAAAUGGCCAAAAGAAGAAUGCGACGAGGCUGAAGAUAAUGGUGGAAAAGCUUCAGAAGAUCAGUUUCCUAAUGGGCAGCAAGAGGUCAUCAUCGGCGGCGAAUCGUUUCGAGGAGUCCGAUGAUGUCCCGAAUGACGUUAAAGAAGGGCAUUUCGCGGUAAUGGCGGUGGACGAUGACGACAAGCUCAAGAGAUUCAUCGUACCGCUCAGUUGUUUAACGAACCCUUCUUUCUUAAAGCUGUUGGAACAAGCUGCGGAGGAGUAUGGGUUCCACCAUCAAGGCGCAGUCAUGGUUCCUUGUAGGCCAUGUGAGCUCGAGAAGAUUCUUGCAGACCAAUGGGUAGAAGAGAGCUCUUCUUUUACAACUCAACAACUCUUGUUCUAAAUAUAUAUAAAUUAAAGUAGCUAGCUAUAUAGAUAUAUCUAUCCACCAGUAACC